AUGAUGCUCGCAGGUUUCCUUCUGAUAAUCCUCCUUCAAGGUGGAUUUACCUCUGAUCACACAGAGCAGCCAGAACUUGAUCAACAAAAAGCCAAUCAGAGCUAUGAGAAAGGUGGAAGUACCUUCAAUUACACAGAGCCAACAAACAUUACACAGAACGCCAAUCAGAGCUCUGUUGAAGAUGGAAUAACCUUCAAUAACACAGAGACAACAAACUUUACACAGAACACCAAUCAGAGCUCUGUUGAAGAUGGGGCCUCUGCAUGUAACAAAACUUAUCGGGACUUAUUAGACCACCUGAACUUGACUUCAAACAAUAGUCUAAACACCAUGGCUCGGCCCACUAAGAACCCCUCAGAACCUACAGAAAUACAUCUGGAUAUAGUCCUCUAUGCCAUUCUAGAUGUGGAGGUUAAAGUCAGCAGUGACUUAAACACACAAUUUAGAAGAUUUUCAAACAUAUUCAUUCUUUUACAGAGAGAAAAGGAACAGACAUUUAUGUCUUGUGUUUGGGUUGAAAUGAUUUGGACUGAUGAUUACAUGCGUUGGGAUCCAGAAGAGUUCUGUGAUAUAGAGAGCAUUACUAUUCCCUCUAAACAGCUGUGGCUGCCAGAUCUAACUAUUGAAGAGAGGACAGAGAAGGAUAAGGCCACUCAGAGUCCUUAUCUCAGGGUUGGUUUUUAUGGGGACGUCACUUAUAGGAAUGACAUGGUGCUGCUUACCACCUGCAAGAUGGAUGUCUACAAAUUCCCCUUCGACAUUCAAAGCUGCAACCUCACCUUCAAGUCUGUCAUAUACAACGUCAAGGAAAUUAAGCUUGAAAAGUGGGGGGGCUCUGAGUGGAUAACAGGAUGGUCUGAACAAAUUAUGAGAACACAGUCGGACUGGGAGUUCAUCGACAUUACUGUCGCCAACAACUAUGUCGACAACUUUUUCAUCAAUCAAAGCAUGAUGGUUUACACUAUCACCAUGAAGAGACGUUCCAUCCUUUACAUUGUCAACUUCAUCCUGCCUGUCCUGUUGUUCUUGUGUCUGGAUUUGGCCUCCUUCAUGAUCUCAGAGCAUGGGGGGGUGAAGCUCAGCUUCAAGGUCACUGUGCUGCUUACUGUCACAGUGAUGCAGCUCAUUCUGAAUGAAAUUAUCCAACCCUCUUCAAACAGGAUUCCACUUAUAGCAAUGUACUGUGUUGGGAUCUUUGGUUUGAUGAUGCUGAGUCUCCUAGAGACCAUUUUUGUGAUGUACCUCAUGGAGAAAGACUCUGCACCCCAGAAUGAUUGGACAGAUAAAGAACAAAGCCUGAGUGAGGACUGUAAGGACACACGAGGGAAAAAUAAAUUCCAUACAUUUUUCAAAGAACAGCUGGCUUUCAUGACCUUUCAGCCAGAUGAAGCCAGUCAGCAGUCACAGACUAGCAGCAGCCAGUUGACUGAGGAGUCCAAUGCCUCUGAAACGGAGAUGUUGCAAGAGUUGUCUCCGCCCCUGAGCAGCAGGAAGGAAGAAGGAAAGUGUGUGUUUGGGAACACAGCAGUGGAGACCUGGUGGUCUAACAGUCUGUCUCUGAAGCUGCAGGUUUCUUUCAAUGACACAGUCCGACGUGUUGCACAAAAACAGCAGAGAGGAGGGGUAGCUGAAGCUUACAAGUACUACCGGCAGUAG